CUCUUUAGGUUCCCAUGCCUUCAGCUGUGGAGCCCACUGAUGCCCCCAGGGCUCCCUGGCUUCUUUCCAUGAAGGCUGUUGGACUUCUAUCUCAUGGGAGCAGAUGUGGCAAAACACUUUUUUCUAAUCAAAAUGAGAAGGUGCGCACAUACUGACCGACUCAGCAGGAAGGUGGAUUUUCUUUGUGUUUAAAGAAAGAAAAAAUGUCCCCGUGUCUGUAGAGAUGAUUUGCAGUUCAGCCCGGCUGAAGCUGACCGAAUGAGACUAUGGGCUGUGCCUCCGCCAAGCAUGUUGCCACUGUUCAAAAUGAAGAGGAAGCCCAGAAAGGGAAGAACUACCAGAACGGAGAUGUGUUUGGCGACGAGUAUAGGAUCAAACCGGUGGAAGAGGUCAAAUACAUGAAAAAUGGGGCAGAAGAGGAGCAGAAAAUAGCAGCCAGGAACCAAGAAAACUUGGAAAAAAGUGCCAGUUCAAACGUAAGACUUAAAACUAAUAAAGAGAUUCCAGGAUUAGUUCAUCAACCCAGAGCAAACAUGCAUAUCUCUGAAAGCCAACAAGAAUUCUUCAGAAUGCUGGAUGAAAAAAUUGAAAAGGGUCGAGAUUACUGUUCGGAAGAAGAGGAUAUCACAUAGCACCAAUUCUACCACUCAAACCAGGAGCUAACACUGUGUAAAUAAGUUACACCCCAGUUGAAAUCUUUGCAAAGGUCGGUUCUCUUCAACGAACAGCACUAUAGCUAAAGAAGAUCGUUCCAUAGCGUAUGCCCCAUUAAAUUACAGUGUCUCUUAUGAACUUGCAAAGGAAUAUUGCUAAAAACAAACAAACAAAAAACUGUUCUCGAACUUUCUUUGUUGCUGCUAGUUAAAACUUGUUGCAACUUUUCACUUCUCUUGUGUCCAGGUAUGCAGCAAAAUUCUGCAAUUUCACCUUACAGAUACUGUUGGUUUUACAGAUGCUCUCCAACCUAUUUUCUAUAAGAUGAGGUAGUGGUGAACUCAGAUAUCAAACUCCUGUUGUAGAACUGUUCCGCUUCUAAGACGAGCGUCUGCUUCCCUCUCUCCUCCCUCCCUGUCUCUCCCGAGUGGUCCAGAGCCUUGCUUCUCACGGGCAGUGUGGCGCUUUGGAGGUGGGAUGGUCGCUAUGGCAAGCUUUGUUUCUCUGCUAAGAAGAAGUAGAGACGCUCUUAUCCAUUAAAAGCAUGUGUGACGUGACUCACGGAGUGACGUCGGAGCGAGCAGCGGGUUUCGUUGAUUAGGGAUCUUAAUCAAGGAUUAAGCUUGCAACAUUGGCUUUGCUCAGAUGCAGACGGAAGUGUGAUCACAAUCAUUUUGAAUCCCUCUUCCCCACUUUUUUUUCUAAGAAAAUAAACAUUUUACUGUUUUUAUGUAUCCUUGUCUUCUCCCAUUCAUCCACUUCAGUGUUUCACGAUGAUCCUGGGCGCAGAAGAUGAGCCCUCCUUUGCAGUGACACGAUAAUCCACCUUCGUGGCUCCCUGCCCGCCCAUCCGUCACCCACCAUGCAUUAGCAGGGCUGUCAGUGGUCAGAAGAGAUGAGGGGACACCCCCCGACUCUUUAGGAGGCCCUGAAACCACCCUGUUAACCUUUCAUUUCAUUAGAAAAUAAGCCAUCCUGCUUCCUUCCUCUCUCCCUUCAGAAUGUUCCAUGAACUUGCCACUUCCUCCUCCUCUUCCUCGAGGCACUGGCUCAGACAGUGCAGAGCGUCUGCCUACUGGAAAUGUAGUAUGUUGACACUGGUGAUGAUAUUUGGAGACACAGAAGCCAAAGCCCCAGGGCAGUGGUGGGGAAUGUUGACUGUGGGUUUGGUAGAGUUUAUUUUUCCAUAUUAUACGAAGAGAAUGAUCUCUUCUCGAAGACAGAAGUAAUAUUUUUAACAAAUGUUGUCACAAGUAAAUAGCAAUCAAAAAGGAGAAAAUAACUUUUGUAUUUUUUUAACGCGUUUGAUAGCUUUGGUGAGGGUUCUCCGUGUUACUGUCAGGGGGGCACCCUGUUAAAUGCUAGGCCAGGUGUGGGGUUGUCCCACAGACACACAGAAGGAGCGCUUGGAUGUAUCUCUCUCUUGGGAUUUAAACCAGUAUCGGCCACACGGCCACCCUCUGGAGGUGGGCAGUUAUUUGUCCUGGGUAGCCACGCAGCACCUGCCCCAGAAGGGAAUGAGAAGCUAAAUUUGCCCUUGCGGAGGAGAUGAGUCUUGACUUCACAACCCAUCCAUGUGCUAAUGGUGAGAGUCAUUGUCUCCUUGUAGACCACGGGGCACAACAGUAAGGGGAAGGAAACUCAGUCAAGUGCCACAGAAAAUGGACUCAAACGUUAGCAAAGAAAACCCUUAGCUCUUUCAGCCAACAGCAGCUAUUUUGGGGAGCAGCUGUGGUUGUUACAUAAAUAGAGAUGCAGCCAAAAUUUAAGGCUUUUUUUCCUGCUUCAGGCAGAAGAGUGCAGAGAAAGUCAAGUCGCCUAGGGUUUUAAGCUCCCUCCCUUUGUAUGGCUUUUGGCCAAGCAACUAAAAUAGUUUUCCUACACUGUAAAUGCACUGCUGGGUCUACCUGAAACCUGUCCACUAGGGACGUGGUCCACUGGUAGGUCAUUUCUUAUUCUUACCAAGCAACAGUGAUGCCGACUGAACCAUCUUCCAUGGGAUGCCUUUGUUUGGGGUCUCAGACAGUGUCUUCCCAGAAAAUCACCACCUUCUACCCAAAGAUAAAACAUACUUGUAUCAUUUUUUCCAAUCAUGUUUAACAUUUGAUGUGAUACACAUGUACACAGAACGAAGUGUUUCUUGGGAAUUUGACUUUUGAGUGUUUUCAUUAAACUAGAAACCCGUUCCCAUGAACCAGGGUCUCUUCACCUGGAGUUCUGUCUCCUGGGUUUAAGUCUUUGAUGUGCAGACGUGAUUUCAUCUGCAGACACAUCAGUGUAUCUAGAAAUAGAUCUGAGAAAUGGGGUGGUUGAGUGGGUUGGCAUGAGAUGCUUGAUUAUGUUAGCAGCACUCAAACUUGUCUGUUUUCCAUCAUUGGCUUUAAUCAUAAAAUUGUCGAGUGAUU